GUCUAAGAAAACCUCCCUUGAGACGAGGGAAUUGACUUUGGUGUCUAAAAAGUAGCAUUCUAGAGAGAGAAAGAUUAAGAGAGAGCAUUUGAGAGGUUCCCAUUGAUGUAAGUAUGGCAAGAGAAGAAAGGGAUAAUAUAGAAAUGGAGAUAGAUUUGACUCUCAAGCUUGAUGCUCAAGAUCAAGAACCUGCUAAAGAUUCAUCAAAAUCAGAUCAUCAUGAUCAUGUUGAUCAAGAUGAUGCUCAUGAUGAUGAUGAUGAUGUUGUUGCUGACACAAAAGUAGAAUCACAUGAGCAUGAAGUACAAGAAUCAGAAAGUGAUGUACAAACUGCCACCAAUCCAACUGAUGCACCAGAAAGGCAAGACCUUAAUAAUCACCAUGAAGAAAAGUUAUCGAUGUUACAUACGGAGAUGAAUCGAAUGAAAGAGGAGAACAAGGUGUUGAGACAAGUAGUAGAGCAAACCAUGAAAGAUUACUAUGAUCUACAAAUGAAAUUUUCACUUAUCCAACAAUCGUCUAACCAAAUCAAGGAUCCAAAAGCGUUUCUGUCUCUUAAUGGGCACGAUGGAAAUCAAGAAACCAAGAAAAGUAGCCCAAGAUCUCCUCAAUUGCAAGAAAGUGAAAAUGAGGAGUUAGGUUUAUCAUUGAGGAUUCAAAGCAAUACAACAACAUCCCAACACGCAAGAGAUCAUCAUGAAGGGAAUCAUAAGGAUUUAUCCGAGAGCACAACGAGGUUUUUCCCGAUGCAACAAAGCAAUUUGAUCAAUUCGGGCAAUUUUGGUGGUGACAAUAUUAAAGCUGUUAAUGUUGCUAAUGAUCAGAUCACCUCUUUGCCAAACAGAAAAGCUAGGGUUUCAGUAAGGGCAAGAUGUGAAGCUGCCACUAUGAAUGAUGGAUGUCAAUGGCGAAAAUAUGGACAAAAGAUUGCUAAGGGAAAUCCUUGCCCACGAGCAUACUAUCGUUGUACCGUUGCUCCUGGUUGUCCGGUUAGAAAACAGGUGCAAAGAUGUUUAGAGGACAUGUCGAUAUUAAUCACAACGUAUGAGGGGAAUCACAACCAUCCACUACCCGUAGGCGCCACUGCAAUGGCUUCAACUACAUCAGCGGCAGCGGGAUCUUUCAUGCUACUAGAUUCAAACAAUCCUCUUUCAUCCGAACCAGGAGCUAUGAACCAGUCACCUUUCAUUAAUAACUACAUGUCUUUAGGCACUAUGAACACUAAUUCUUCUCCAUAUUCAUCAACACAUGCUAGAACAAUGAACCUUAAUGACCCUUCAAAAGGCAUUGUCUUUGAUCUCACCAACAAUCCCAUAAAUCCUCACCAUAUUCCAAUUUCAAAUCUCUCACCUCAAUUAGGAUUUCCUUGGAUGUCUAAUAAGUUCCCUAAUGGAAACCAUCUUUCAAGAUCAAAGCAAGUAGAUGGGAUUAAUGGGAUUCGGGAAGGUGGCGAAUAUAACAACAAUAAUAACAAUAACACUAAGUCAGUUCUGGCUGAGAACAUGAGUGCUAUUGCUUCACAUCCCAAUUUUAGAGUUGCUGUUGCGGCAGCAAUCUCUUCCAUUAUUAAUAAAGAGAGUCAAAUAACUAACAACAUUCAUGCCGAUGGUCCCAAUGAUAGAGCGGGUGGUGGAAGUAGCUCCGGUGGCAAAACAUGGGUUCUCGAAUCACUCUCUAGAAGCGGCUAGCUUCAUUAUAUAAUCAGAGAAUCUUGUCAAGGCCCGGAUCUUCAAGAUUUUAUUCAUAAGUUUUUAUAGUUUGUUUGAUAGUAAUUUAUGUUUUUGAUUUUGUAAUUUAUGUGGGAAAAGGUAUAAACGAUAACUGCAUUCGACAACAAACGUAUUAUAUACAUGUUAUAGAUCAUAUUUUAUAUGUUA